AGCGCGGCCCCGCAGCCCUCGCCCAGCGCAGUUGCCGGCCUGCGGCCCAGUGCGCCUGUGCGGAGGCCUACUCGGCGAUGUGCGCCCUCGCCGGGCUCCGGCGCUAGCGGCCGGGCCGAGGGGGAAGAAGGGCGGGGAGGCGGGGGCGUCGGCAAGGACAUGGCUCCUGACUCCUGCGCGGAACAUGGUCUCUAGCGACCGGCCCGUGUCACUGGAGGACGAGGUGUCCCAUAGUAUGAAGGAGAUGAUUGGAGGCUGUUGCGUUUGCUCAGACGAGAGAGGCUGGGCCGAGAACCCGCUGGUGUACUGCGACGGGCACGGCUGCAGCGUCGCGGUGCAUCAAGCUUGCUAUGGCAUUGUUCAAGUACCCACUGGACCAUGGUUUUGCAGGAAAUGUGAAUCUCAGGAGAGAGCAGCCAGAGUGAGAUGUGAGCUGUGUCCCCAUAAGGAUGGAGCUUUAAAAAGAACUGAUAAUGGGGGUUGGGCUCAUGUGGUUUGUGCCCUGUAUAUUCCAGAGGUACAGUUUGCCAAUGUUUCUACAAUGGAACCAAUUGUUUUACAGUCUGUUCCACAUGAUCGUUAUAAUAAGACUUGCUACAUUUGCGAUGAACAAGGAAGAGAAAGCAAAGCUGCCACUGGUGCUUGUAUGACAUGUAACAAACACGGAUGUCGACAGGCUUUCCAUGUGACAUGUGCGCAGUUUGCUGGACUCCUUUGUGAGGAAGAAGGGAACGGUGCGGAUAACGUCCAGUACUGUGGCUACUGUAAAUACCAUUUCAGCAAGCUGAAGAAGAGCAAACGGGGAUCUAAUAGAUCAUAUGAUCAAAGUUUAAGUGAUUCUUCCUCUCACUCUCAGGAUAAACAUCAUGAGAAAGAGAAAAAAAAAUACAAAGAAAAAGACAAACACAAACAAAAACACAAGAAGCAGUCAGAACCAUCACCCGCAUUGGUUCCAUCCUUGACUGUUACUACAGAAAAAACUUACACAAGCACUAGCAGCAACUCUAUGUCAGGAUCCUUGAAGCGCUUGGAAGAUACUGCAGCACGAUUUACAAAUGCAAAUUUCCAGGAAGUCUCUACGCACACCUCUAGUGGAAAAGAUGUUUCCGAGGCUAGAGGGUCAGAGGGCAAAGGGAAGAAAUCCUCAGCUCACAGCUCAGGUCAGAGGGGAAGAAAGCCCGGUGGCGGUGGCGGAAGAAAUCCAGGGACGACCGUGUCAGCAGCUAGUCCCUUCCAGCAAGGCAGUUUUUCAGGAACUCCAGGCAGUGUAAAAUCAUCUUCUGGAAGUUCAGUCCAGUCUCCCCAGGAUUUCUUGAGCUUUACAGACUCAGAUCUGCGCAGUGACAGUUACACUCACCCCCAGCAGUCAUCGUCAACCAAAGAUGUGCAUAAAGGAGAGCCUGGGAGCCAGGAGGGGGGGGUAAAUAGUUUUAGUUCCUUAAUUGGUCUCUCUUCAACCUCAUCUGUGAUCUCACAGCCUAAAAGCUUUGAAAGUUCACCUGGAGAUUUGGGUAAUUCCAGCCUUCCUACAGCAGGAUAUAAGCGGGCUCAAACUUCUGGCCUAGAAGAAGAGACUGUAAAGGAAAAGAAAAGAAAAGGAAAUAAACAAAGUAAGCAUGGGCCUGGUAGACCCAAAGGAAACAAAAAUCCAGAGAAUAUUUCUCACCUCUCAGUUUCUUCUGCUUCUCCAACGUCAUCCGUAGCGUCAGCUGCAGGAAGCGUGACGAGCUGUAGUCUGCAGAAGUCGCCAACGUUGCUCAGGAAUGGAAGUUUACAGAGUCUUAGUGUUGGCUCGUCUCCGGUUGGUUCAGAAAUUUCCAUGCAGUAUCGGCAUGAUGGAGCUUGUCCAACAACUACCUUCUCAGAGUUGCUGAAUGCAAUACACAAUGGUAUUUAUAACAGCAGUGAUGUAGCAGUGUCAUUUCCAAAUGUCAUAUCUGGCUCAGGAUCUAGCACUCCUGUCUCCAGUUCUCAUUUACCUCAGCAGCCUCCUAGCCACUUGCAACAAGUGGGAGCCCUUUCUCCUUCGGCCACACCAUCUGCAGCCACUCCUGUUGCUACCACUCAGGCCAACACCCUGUCUGGCUCUUCCCUUAGCCAAGCAGCACUUCCAGUGUACAGCAGCAGAUUAAACCCCAGUUCAUCCAUGGCAGCUAUGAUAGCGCAGUCAGACAACAACCAGACAGAUCAAGACCUUGGAGACAGCAGCCGCAGCCUGGCUGGCCGGGGAAGCUCACCCAGAGGAAGUCUCUCCCCACGAUCCCCUGUAAGCAGCUUACAGAUUCGCUGUGAUCAACCAGGCAACAGCAGUUUGGAAAAUCUGCCUCCAGUGGCAGCCAGCAUAGAACAGCUUUUGGAGAGGCAGUGGAGUGAAGGACAGCAGUUUUUACUAGAACAGGGCACCCCCAGUGACAUUUUAGGAAUGCUGAAGUCAUUACAUCAACUUCAAGUUGAAAAUCGAAGAUUAGAGGAACAGAUUAAAAACUUGACUGCCAAAAAGGAACGCCUUCAGCUGUUGAACGCUCAGCUCUCAGUGCCUUUUCCAACAAUAACAGCAAACCCGAGUCCGUCGCACCAGGUCCUGGCAUUCCCAGCCCAGACUGCUCCUACUUCUGAUUCCUUAAACAGCAGUAAGAGCCCUCAUCUAGGAAACAGCUUUUUACCUGAUAACUCUCUUCCUGUAUUAAAUCAGGACUUGACCUCCAGCGGACAGAGCACCAGCAGCUCCUCAGCCCUGUCCACCCCGCCCCCCGCAGGCCAGAGCCCGUCUCAGCCCGGUUCAGGGCUGAGCGGAGGCCAGCAGGUGAACGGCCUGGCCGUGGGGGCGCUGACCAGUGGGGUGCAGGCCGUGCCCCCCACUCUGCCCACAGUGCCUGGUGUGGGUGGCAUCCUUGGGGCUUUGCCAGGGAACCAGCUGGCACUCAAUGGCAUCGUAGGAGCUUUAAAUGGCGUUAUGCAGACCCCUGUUUCCGUGCCGCAGAACCCUGCCCCCCUCACCCACACCACUGUACCACCCAGUGCCACACACCCGGUGCCAGCCACACUGGCAAGCAGUGCCUCAGGACUAGGAUUACUUUCUGACCAGCAAAGACAAAUACUUCUUCAUCAACAGCAAUUUCAACAGUUGUUAAAUCCUCAACAGCUCACACCAGAGCAGCACCAGGCCCUCCUGUACCAGCUCGUGCAGCACCACCAGCACCACCAGCCCGAGCUGCAGCAGAUCCAGCUGCCCGCGCCCGCGCAGAUCCCCAUCAACAGCCUGCUGGCGGCGGGCGCCCCAGCCCCGGCCCUGCACGCGGCCUCCAACCCCUUCCUCAGCCUCCACGGGGACGGCACCGGCCAGAAGAGACUUAGUGAUAAAACUGGGCCUGUAGCUCAAGAGAAAAGUUGACACUUGAGAAACAUCUAGAAAUUACGUAUCCUGCUGUUGUAGCACUUCAUCCGGCUGCUGAUGCAGUCCUCCUGCAGCUAUGAAGAAAUGCAGCAAGAAACUCAACUGCACAAGGGGUUACUUGCCACCAGGACAUUCUUGACAGGCAUUGGUUACUUUUCUUGUUGCUUUGUUGCACUGAAAUAUGGAACUCCCGUGCCCCCCCACCCCUCACCCAGAGUUUUUGAACUUUGAGAGUUCAACUAAUUUUUGUCAACAGAACAGUUUACAUGCAAUGAGCUUACCAACCUGAGAGAAAUUGUAUAGUUGAUGCACAGCUGAUUUUGUUAUAAAUUGAAGAUAUGAAUUGCAAAACUGAAGACUUGUUCCACUUAUAAACAACUUGAUUUUAUUGUACAAAUUGGAAAAUGAAAUAUGACCUUUUGUUUGGGUUACAGUAUGCUUGCCAUGCACAUCAAAUCUUAAAACUAAUUUCAAGGAACUGUCCAACUUUCUUUUCUUCUUUGGAGUUUUAUUGAUUAAAUAUUGCUUAUAAAUUGA